GGCUCUAGCACUGGAAGAAGAAAGCAGGGGAAGCACAAAGCACACAGGCUUGGAAGAGUAACAUGGAAAGUGGUGCAUACUCAGAUGCUGUCAGCAACCCUGCCUCCUGGGUCCAAACGGAGUCCUCUACAAUCGUUGAUUAUGAGUAUGAUCCUCAGAGUGAACUAUGUGAGAGGAAGAUCCACUUUGCAAAAUUAUUCACCGCUGUCUUGUACUCUCUGGUAUUACUCCUCAGCCUGAUGGGUAACAGCCUGGUUUUCUGGGUCUUGGUGAAGUAUGAGAAUCUAGAGUCACUCACCAAUAUUUUCAUCCUCAACCUGUGUCUCUCAGAUCUUAUUUUCUCCUGCCUGCUGCCUGUGUGGAUCUCAGCACAAUUUCAGAAAUGGUUGCUAGGUGACUUUCUCUGCAAGCUCCUCAACCUGAUCUUCUCCAUCAGCCUCUACAGCAGCAUCUUCUUUCUCACCAUUAUGACCAUCCACCGCUACCUGUCUGUAGUGAGCCCCAUAUCAACUCUGGGCAUCCAUUCCCUCCGCUGCCGCGUGCUGGUGAUCACAUCUGUGUGGGCAGUCAGCAUCCUGUCCUCCAUUCCUGAAGCUAUCUUCCACAAGGUGACUGAGUCACAAUGUUCUUAUUAUGAACUUCAUGGGUUAUUGGCCUCAGUCUACCAGCACAACAUCUUCUUCCUCCUCUCCAUGGGGAUCAUCCUGUUCUGUUACAUACAGAUUCUCAGAACUUUGUUUCGUUCAAAGUCCAGACAGAGGCACCGGACAGUCAGGCUCAUCUUCACUGUCGUGGUGGCAUACUUCCUCAGCUGGGCUCCUUACAACCUCAUCCUCUUCCUAGAGACACUGGAUAGAACUAAAAUCAUGCAGCAGACCUGUAAGAGCAGGCAGCAGCUAGACAUGGCUAAGCUCAUCAGCCGCAAUUUGGCCUUCUCCCACUGCUGCUUCAACCCAGUGCUUUAUGUCUUUGUUGGGGUCAAGUUUCGCAGACACCUAAAACGUCUUCUCCAGCAGGUUCGGCUGUGCUGGCAGAAGACAUCCAGCCCUGUCCCACCCUCCUACUCCCCUGGUGCAUUUACAUAUGAGGGCCCCUCCUUCUACUGAGAGAAGAAGAUGGGCACACA